UCUUGUUAAAUCAAACGACACGUGUAUUUAUUAUUUAUAAAUUUUCGGAAAAAAACAAAUUGGUAUUAAGCAUAUGUAUUACAUUAAAUUCUUUAAAUAAUUAAAAAUUAUUAUUUGUAUUUUGUAAAAAAUGACAGAAAUCGAAAACGCGGACUAUCAAGAUACUAGCAGUGAAGACGAUGAACUUUUAGACGAAGACACUACAGUUUGUCUUUUUUGUGAGACUGCCCUACAAAAUGUGGAUGAGGGCAUUGUCCAUUUAAGAAUUGAACAUGGCCUUGAUUUAGUUAAGUUAAAGCAAAAAUUUAAAAUGGAUCAAUACUCAUAUAUCAAAUUGGUAAAUUAUAUUAGAAAACAGAAAGUAGACGCAAGUGUAAUAGAUAAAUCAGAAAAUGUGCUGUGGAAUGAUGAAAAAUACCUCACACCCCAGAAAUAUGAAACAUGGCUAACUUACGAUUUUGAACAGCUUAAUAGUCUGGAUGGUAAACAACUGGUGCUCACAAAAGACGAAAUGAUAGAGCAAAUGUCUAAAGAAAUUGAAGCGAAAAAUGUCCUUUUAAAACAAGCGUCUGAAGACAUGCAUAAGAUAAGGACCGGAUUUCGAAGAAUAUUAAACGAUUCCAUAAGCAAUAGCUCUACAUCGGAUAAUUCGAAAAAUGCUAAAAUGAAUAAUUCAUGUGAAGAAAGUUACUUCGAUAGUUACGCACAUUUCAAUAUUCAUCAUGAGAUGCUUUCCGAUACAGUUCGUACAGAAGCUUAUCGUAACGCAUUUUUAAUGAACAAAUCUUCCAUAAAAGAUAAAAUUGUUUUAGAUAUUGGAUGUGGAACUGCAAUUCUUUCCAUGUUCGCUUCGUUAGCUGGAGCAAAAAAUGUCGUUGGAAUAGAUAACUCAGAAAUAAUAUAUCACGCUAUGGGCAUAAUAAAGGAAAAUAAUUUUCAAAAUAUUUCACUAAUUAAGGGCAAAAUUGAAGAUACAGUGCUACCAGAGCCAAAAUAUGAUAUCAUAGUGUCAGAGUGGAUGGGAUAUUUUCUCUUUUUUGAAGGAAUGCUUGAUUCUAUCAUAUAUGGAAGGGAUAAAUAUUUAAAACCUAAUGGAAUAUUAAUGCCAAAUAAAUGCACUAUAAGUUUAUUAGGAUAUGGAAAUGAAAACCGCUAUGACAACUAUAUUACAUUUUGGGAUUCUGUUUAUGGAUUUAAUAUGUCUUGCUUAAAAGCUGAAGUAAUUCAAGAACCUUCGUUCGAAAUUUGUGAUCCUGACUAUAUUCUCACUGAAGAAAACUGCAUUGUCAAUUACGAUUUGAACACAGUUUCUCUAAACUACUCCAAUUUUGAUUAUAAUUUUAACUUGAAAUGUAUAAAGAACGGUGUUUUAACUUCCUUUGUAGGUUUUUUUGAUACAUUUUUUGAAUUUCCUGUCCCCAUAACACUUUCCACGUCACCCAAGUGUAAACCGACACAUUGGAAGCAAUCAGUUUUUUACUUAGAUACAAAAGUAAAUGUGACCAAAGGAGAAAUCAUUUCAGGAAAAAUAAGUUGUCGUAGGAACUUAAAAAGUGUGAGAUCACUAAAUGUCAAAAUUGAAGUUUUUGGAAAAAUAUUAAGUUAUCAUAUAGAUUAAUAAAAGAUUAUAAUUUUCUUUACUUAAUUUUAAUUAUUACUAUUAUCAUAAAAAAAUACAGCUAAAAUAUAAAUUAUUUUCGAAAA